AUGUUCCUCCCACGUCACACUUCUUUCCAAGCAGAUCAAAGACUAGCGAUGGCACGAAGAGGCUCCUCCGCUUCGUCAAUCGGCCUGCAAGUUCACGAGACUAUCUUGGCAGCCAAGGCUCGCGAUAUGAGCAGCGAAUGCGGCUUAGGGCUGGCAGAUGAAGGCACAGAAGCAGAGCUUCACGACGUCUCUGAGCUCGACAGUCAAGUCGAAAACGUCGAAGCGACGACAAGAUCGAAGCAAAGCAUCGGCCAUCUGUUCAUCGCAAAUCGACCUACGCCCGAGCUCGAUCAUCUGAUCAACACUGCACAUUGCGAUGGAAGGAGGCCGAAACGACAUUCAACCAAACGAGCUAGCCUUCGCGGAUAUGCUGAAGCGCGUUGGACACGUCACGAAAGCUUGCGCGACCGUGUCAUGAAAGCCAACAACGUCGCCAAACUCGAAUGGGAAGCCAAAGCUGCUCUGUUGCACCACUCGUAUCCUCUCGCCAUCUUGCUUCUCUUUCGCGCUGCUUCGCUUGGAUCGGCGAAUGCGUGCGAACAGCUCGCCAGCUUGUAUGCCUACGGCGUUACACGCGGCGUCUCCCCAGUCGUCACGCUCAUCUACCGCGAUGCUCUCCGCAGCUUAGCCUGGACUCUCGAGGCGCUUCGACUGUAUGAGCGCCGUUUGGCAGCUCAAUUCAGAGCGGCGCAUUCGUCAUCCAUGCCCUCUCUCCGUCUCACUCAGAUCUGGCAAGGUCCAUUACAAGCGAGUCAGCUGCUCGUCCGCGGUCUCUUGAGCUCAGACGUGGGCGCUUUCGAUCCCCAUCAGAGGAACGCGGUCUUCCUUCCCGUCGUCGAUGAUCUUUCCGACUCUCAAUGCACGUGGGCGCUUCGUGGUGGAUCCAGUCAUACCCAGUCGGCGAGACAGGCGCCAGAAUUGUGGAUGGAGCUUGAUGAUGUUGUGCAACGCUGGACUGUCCGUCUCGAAGCAGAACGCGCUACCACUCUUCUCCCUUCACAAGAGGGGCCCGACGAAGUCGAAGAGCAGCAGCAACUCUUGACCACCAUGCAGAGCCUCAGCUUCCACCUCCUCGUUCUCCGAGCGAUACAACUCACACGAUCCCUCACCCUCGAGCCCUACGCCGAGAACGUCAAGCCUGCACAGCUCGCAUGGUUCAAAGCAGCAGCCGUUAAACCGCACAGACUUGUACAAUGCCCAGAUCCGAUUCACAUGAUUCGUGUCUUGGCACGAGCCAGUGACACGUCUGACCGAAUCUACGAUGAGCAGCUAUUCAGCGAUUUGUCAAGCUGCGCGCAAGAGUGUCUCGAUGUUUCCGUUGCAACAGACUACAAGCGUCGCAAGAUCCAAGCAUCUGACUCGACACACAUCCCUGCUAGUCGCGUGGCGGACACAACGCAGUCGCCUCGAGCAAAGACCCAAUCCAGAGACCGUCUUCGCGAUCUCGCGCCUGCCGACGUCGAGACGUCGAAGCAAAUGGAGGCGAAUGCACGCCCUGCGCUCACCAUGCGCGUUUCGAGAGGCUUUGCUCCUCCUCAAGCUGCAGUAGCCUCCGUGUCGGCAUCAGGGGAACACCAGACCGCCCUGUCCUCCGGCGCGUCUGCAUCCAACACGGUGAGACAGAAGUACGGUCGCGCUGUCAGCUCAAGCUCCAUGGCUUUGGUUUCUGGCAUCACCGGCAUUGGAUCAGCGGAACCUUAUUCGCCGACUGACAGUGUACGUACGGGCUUCCCUCUAGGCGUAGGGAGACCCAGGCGACCUUCAAGUGUGGUAUCAGUGACACCAUCUCUGCUCUUCCCGCCAGGGUCUAGGCAAGAUGGGCAGCACACCACAGAUCUUGAUUCGGACGACUACUUCUCUGCUCCAUCAUCCCGUCGUACAAGAGCCGCCUCGUCUUCCCAGUCUGCAAGAGGAGAGUUGGGCCCGAGGCCACGAGUUGCUAGCAUGUAUAGCUCGACCUCGGCACUUGUUACUUCCACUUCGAGCAUUAGUCUUCUAGCUCCCUCCAUGUUGACCACUAGCCAGCAGAGCCUCAACGCAUUGGCAACGGCGAACCCCACGCACAUCCCGGCGCCCUCUCGCCGUCGAACUGAGUCAAAUGCUUCGCUCGGAUCUCUCAAUCCUCGAGUCAGCUCCAUCCUCCCCAAGACUUCGCCCUCCAUCUUGGAGAUGCCGGAAGCCUCGAUCAGCGCGACCUCGAUAUCAGCAUCUGGCGUCGCAUCGCACGCAGAGACAAGCAAAAGGCAGAGCGCCGCGGCUGACACGCUCAGGAGGUUGAAGGGAAGACGAUCGCAAACCGACCUUCGCGCGCUCCAUUCCGCUCGUAAGGACCAAAACGUUGCACCUCCAGUCCCCUCUGUACUAGCCAAUCUGACAAAGCAGCCAAGUUCUGCAGCAGCGUCUCGAUCACCGCUGCAACCUUCUAAGUCGACCAUCUUUGUAUCUGUGGAGAACCUACCUGAAGACACUAUCAGCGAAGCCAGACAGACAGCCGCAAAAGCGACGCGUGGUAAGGCAGCAUCUGCUGGCUCAGCAGUGGAGCAUCUCGCCAAGACACAAGCCCGCAUGUCUCAUCGAACCAUCCCUUCCGUUCUGGAAGAGGCUGAAACAGUCACCAAUGCAGCUCACACGGAGACCAACGGUCCGUCAUUUACGUCUGCACUUGCCGCCGGCGCUCUCUCCGGCCUGACCGUGGACCUGCUAUUCUUCCCAAUUGACACGAUCAAAACGCGAUUGCAGUCGGCACAAGGCUUCUGGGCAGCUGGUGGAUUCACCGGCGUUUAUCAAGGUCUGGCUUCUACGGCCGUCGGUUCUGCGCCAGGCGCUGCUGUCUUCUUCACCGCAUACGAAUCGAUGAAGCCGGCUCUGGUUCGCUGGAUGCCGAGUGUAUUUGGCUCGGAAGGGUCGCUAGGUUCAGCUGGCGUCCACAUGACCUCGGCAUCGAUCGCAGAAGUGGCCGCGUGCUUGAUCCGUGUUCCUACCGAGGUCAUCAAGUCGCGUCAACAGACAAUGACAUAUGGCAAGGGUACCACAACCUUCCAAGCGUUCAAGAAGGUCUUCCAGGAAGCAGGUAUUCGCGGAUACUAUCGAGGGUUCGGUAGCACGGUCGGUCGUGAGGUUCCGUUCACUUGCAUCCAAUUCCCCUUGUAUGAAAGGCUCAAACUCGAGAUGGCUCGAUCGAGGGCUAAUUCUCAGUCAGCCUCGGCCUCUGCUCUCGAGAAAGGUGACCGUAAGCGAUCCAUUUCGGAUCAGGAACUGGUGCGCAACCUGCCUACCUGGCAAGCCGGUCUUGCCGGUAGCAUUGCUGGUGCCAUUGCUGCUGGUCUCACCACUCCACUCGACGUCGUCAAAACACGUAUCAUGCUUCACACAAAGCAAUCGGCGCCUAGCCCUUCUGCAACAAUAUAUGCCGCUGCCACUGCCGCUGAGACUUUACCGCGUGGUGUCAACACCGACAUCAUCCCCACUCUGCUGCACAUCGGCCGUACUGAAGGUGUCAAGACGCUCUUCAGUGGCUUCCUGCCACGCACAAUGUGGAUCGGGCUCGGCGGCGCUGUCUUCCUCGGUACUUUUGACGCUGGCAUUAAAACACUUUCAUAG